AUGUGGGACGUUGUGCUAGAAAAAAAAUCAGAAAUCAAUCUUGAUUUUUAUAGCCAUUUGCAGCGUUUGCCUUAUGAAAUUCAAGAAAGUGUAACCAACUCCAAUUACAAUUUAGAAGUUCGACAUAAAUCGUUCAUCAGCUGUCAAUCGGGACAUGAUUUAACAUUUAUGCGCAAUAAAUUUAUAGCAAAAGCUUCCAAUAAAGCUGCUCCCUUUUAUCCAUUUUGA